AAAAGGGUGCUUGGGGUUCACACCACCCCAGAAGUAUUGAGCCACUCUGUUUGAAAUGUUAGAGCAGUAGACUCAGGCGGGCAGGCUUGGGGCCACCUAGGGCACUGGCGUCCAAGUCCCAGCUUGUGGCCUGAACUAGUUCUCUGGCCCUGGACUAGCUGGCUGACAACAGGGCCAGACUCCCCCUGGUGGGAGGUGGGUGUGGAUGAGCACAUGGCACCAGCUGAGGCUGAUCAACCUAAGAAAGAAAAAGCAAGAAGAGGCUUGAUGCAUAGACUGAACGAACCCAGAAGGAGUGGCUGGCCACAUGCAGGCCAGGUGUGGGUGCCACAGGCAGCCACGCCUCCAACCCUGGACUUUGGAUGCCUGAGAGUGGGCGGCAGGCCAAGCUGUCCAGCCAACAGAUGCCGGCUGAGGAGUCAUAGUCACCUUCACCAUGCCGGGGAGCACCUGGGAGCUACACCUGCUGCUUCUGCUGGCACUGGGGCUCGGGUCCCAGCAGGCCCUUCCCCCACCCUGUGAGAGCCAGAUCUACUGCUAUGGCGAGCUCCUACACCAGGUCCAGAUGGCCAAGCUCUACCCAGAUGACAAGGAGUUUGUGGACAUGCCACUGUCCAUGGCUCCAGACCAAGUCCUGCAGAGUUUUGCUGAACUGGCUGCGAGCCACAACCACAGCAUCCCCAGGCAGCAGCUCCAGGAGUUUGUCUGGGAGCACUUCCAGGCCGCUGGGCAGGAGCUGGAGUCCUGGACUCCUGAGGACUGGAAAGCGAGUCCCCAGUUCCUGCAGAAGAUCUCAGACGCCAGGCUGCGCACCUGGGCGGAACAGCUACAUCUGCUCUGGAAAAACCUGGGGAAGAAGAUGAAGCCAGACGUGCUGAGCCAACCUGAGCGAUUCUCUCUUAUCUACUCGAAAAACCCAUUCAUUGUGCCUGGUGGGCGCUUUCUUGAGUUCUACUACUGGGACUCCUAUUGGGUCAUGGAAGGGCUGCUGCUCUCUGAGAUGACAGAGACGGUCAAAGGCAUGCUACAGAACUUCCUGGACCUGGUGAAAGACUACGGGCACAUCCCCAAUGGCGGGCGAGUGUACUACUUGCAGCGCAGCCAGCCCCCACUCCUGACGCUCAUGAUGGACCGAUACAUCAAUCACACUGAUGACAUCACCUUCCUACGGGAGAACAUUGAAACCUUGGCCUUGGAAUUGAACUUCUGGGCAGAAAACAGGACCAUCUCCGUGAGCUCAGGGGAAAGAAACUAUACCCUGAACCGUUAUUACGUCCCUUAUGGGGGGCCCAGGCCUGAGUCCUACAGCAAAGAUGCAGAGCUGGCAGACACUUUGCCUGAAGGGAGCCAGGAGAGCCUGUGGGCCGAGCUUAAGUCUGGGGCCGAGUCUGGCUGGGACUUCUCCUCACGCUGGCUGGUGGGAGGCCCGGACCCUGACUCGCUCAGCAGCAUUCGGACCAGCAGGAUGGUGCCCGUCGACCUGAAUGCCUUCCUGUGCCAAGCCGAGGAGUUGAUGGGCAACUUCUACAGCAGAUUGGGAAAUAACUCCCAGGCGACCAAGUACAGGAACCUGCGGGCCCAGCGGGAGGCAGCCCUGACAGCCCUGCUAUGGGACGAAGACAAGGGCUCCUGGUUUGAUUAUGAUCUCGAGAACCAGAGGAAGAAUUACGAGUUUUACCCAUCCAACCUCACUCCACUCUGGGCCGGCUGCUUCUCUGACCCUGGUGUCGCAGACAGAGCUCUGAAGUACCUGGAGCACAGCCAGAUCCUGAGCUACCGGCACGGCAUCCCCACUUCUCUUCGGAACACAGGCCAGCAGUGGGACUUCCCCAACGCCUGGGCCCCCCUGCAGGACGUGGUCAUCAGAGGCCUGGCCAAGUCAACUUCACCCCAGACGCAGGAAGUGGCUUUCCAGCUGGCUCAGAGCUGGAUUCGCACCAACUUUGAUGUCUACUCUCAGAAGUCAGUCAUGUAUGAGAAGUAUGACAUCAGCAACGGUGGGCAGCCAGGCGGAGGAGGGGAGUAUGAAGUCCAGGAGGGGUUUGGCUGGACCAAUGGAGUGGCCCUGAUGUUCCUGGACCGCUACGGUGACCGGCUGCGCUCGGGCACCCAGCUAACAACACUGGCGCCUCAGUGCCUGACUGCAGCCCUCCUGUUCAACCUCCUACUGCGGUGACCCCGACAGCCCGUUGCACCUGUCCCACCCAGGGAGCUCAAGUGCCCCCAUUAAACUU